UUACUUUCAUUUUGAAAACAACGGAUGUUUCUGCUUGUCUUUUUUCAGCUUUUAUUUUUGUAAUUAACUUCCUUUUCAUUUCUUCACUGUGCUCUGUGUAAAAAUCUGAGAGACAGGGAUUGUAUAUGGGUAACUCCGAGAACACUUUCAAAAACUACGACUCCACAUGGGAAGAUGAAGACUAUGAGGACACUACAGAGUCCUUUAUGCUAUGGGGUGAAGACAGCAGGGACACACAUGCUGCAGAAGACAUGCACAAGUACAGAUGCACUUAUAGGCUCAUCCACUCUAGUGACAUGAGGGAACAUACGGACAGUCCGCAAGACGAAAACUCGCCGAAUCUGUGGUUUUACCAAAAUAAGAUCCCCAUGAACUUCGAUGGCAUGUCCAUUGAGGAAUUUCACAUGUACUGGUUUGGUGAUUACGAUAAGCUGGAACAUGUGCACUCUUACAUACAAUGGCUAUUUCCACUUGAUGAGACAGGAAUGAACUCCCCAUACAAGCUUAGCACAAGAGCAAUUAGGAUGUUCCGUAGGGAUGAGGCGGCAAAGAAAAGAUUAUUGACGUCCUACAGGCUCAUGUUGGACUUCUAUGGCACACAACUCGUCGAUGAGAAGACCGGGGAAGUGCAACGUGCGGUAAACUGGGAAGAACGAUUUGCAAACCUCAAUAGAAACGCGCACAACAAUCUUCGCAUUACACGCAUCCUGAAGUGCCUGGGAUUGCUGGGCUUUCGUCACUAUCAAGCACCGCUGGUUCACUUCUUCCUCGUGGAGACACUGGUGAAAGGAACGCUUCCCCAAAUCAAGCAGAGUGUUCUGGACUACUUUAUGUUCGCUGUCGUGGACAGGUUGGAACGCAAACAGUUGAUCAAGUUCGCCUUGUGCUAUUUUGAGCCGAAAGAGAAAUUUGUGUGGUGUCCCAGUGGGGUUCGAAUAAAAUUUUUGAAGGAGCUCAAGCGUGCACAAACAGACCAGUAAUAAAGACACAGUAACAAAACAGUUCUUCGAUUGUUUAAAGUGUUCUCGUAAUGAAUCAUUAACAUUUUUGUUGUUUUUUUUAAAUCACACGAGUGUCCAGUUAUAUUGAUUUGAGGUAGAGCAAAUCUUCUGGACCUACUGAAAUGGACCAUCAUGUUUUAAAUACAGCAAUUGCAUUAUCUAUAUGAGAACACAGCUCAGGCUUCCUUGGGUUACUGCAACAGAAACUAGAAACCUGUGCAGCAUUUUGAACUUUGAUCUUUUUCUGUAUUUUUUAAUUGUUUACCAUAAUCAUACAAGAGCUUAUAAAUAGGGUUAAUAACUAAUACAAAUCACCCAAUAUGGAUGUAUGAGUAAUUAUAAAGCUUACAUUAUGAAACUAAGUUAAUAAUUCUUUUUUUUUUUUACAAAUGUUUGAUCAAUACGUUGUAUAAAAAGAGCUUGACUAUUAACCAAAAUCAAGAUGCAGGCUGGUUUACUGCUUGUCAUUAUUUUUUCAGUCACAAGGUGGUGUCAAAUGAACCAAUCCAACAUUACUGUAUAAACAGAAUAAACUUCUGACACUUUUUUUUUUUUAUUCCAGAAACUCCUUUAGUCAGCACACUUCUGAUGGA